AUGUCGUCUGCUAGAGAUCAUGAUGGAAACGCCACGGCCCGGCGUGCCAGGCCUGCCAAUUCCAAGUCUGUUCUCAGCGUACCUUUGCAGAAAGCAAUCGAAGAAGCGCAGCCAAAGCUGUUUUCCUGGGGCAUGAUGCGGCUUUACUCUUGCAUGCUAGUUGCCAUGAUGAUUGCCUGGGCUAAUGGAUACGACGGCGGCUUGAUGUCUGGAAUCUCCGCGAUGCCACAGUAUCAAAAAUACUUCGGGGCAGAGCUUACGGGCAGCAAAACCGCGAUCACAUUUGCCAUAUACUUCAUUGGCAGCCUGAUAGGUGCUCCAAUUACGGGCCCUCUGAGUGAUACACUUGGCAGACGCUGGGGAAUGGCAGUCGGCUGCGGCGUCAUCUGCAUGGGAGCCUGUGUCCAAGGCUCUGCGACAAACAGUCACGCAUUCCUGGGUGGAAGGUUCUUCUGUGGUAUUGGUAUUUGCCUCAGUCAAUCUAGUGCCGUUACAUACGUCGCCGAGAUUGCUCACCCAGCUUGGCGGAGUGCCUUUACUUCGAUGUUUAACACCUUCUACUUUGUCGGCGCCUUUGUUGUCUCGUGGGUGACAUACGCAACCUUGAAUAUCACUGGAGAGUACUCUUGGAGGCUUCCCAUCUAUUUCCAGUGUGUUGCUUGCGGCAUAGUCUUGUUCACGGCGCCCUUCUUACCAGAAUCUCCACGAUGGCUCAUUGCUCACGGGAAACGCGACGCCGCUGUCGCAAUGUUAACCAAGUAUCACGGUGAUGGUGACGCGCACUCUCCUAUUGUACAACUCGAGUUGGAAGAAUUGGACCGGGCGAUUAGCCUGGAAGGUCACGAUAAGGUAUGGUGGGACUACCGCCCGCUAUUUACUACCCAUGAGGCUCGUUGGAGAUCCUUGUGCGCCGUCAGCAUGGCAUUCAUCGGCCAAUGGGCCGGCAAUGGGGCCAUCACAUACUUCUUGCCAGCUAUGCUGGAUCAGGCUGGCGUUCAUUCCCCACGAACCCAGCUGCUGUAUAAUGCCAUUGUAAACACCAUCGCAUACCCCUGUGGCGCCUUCAGUGCCCUGUUUAUUGCAGGCCAAAUGGGCAGACGCAAGCUCAUGAUAUCAGCUUUGUGCGUCUUCUGUGUUGAGUAUAUUAUAAUUACUGCCCUCGCUGCCACAUUUAGCCCUGAGAACGCAGAUGGUAGCUCCAGUUUCGCAGCUGGAUCUCGUGCAACGGUUGCCAUGAUCAUCAUAUUCCGCUUGACAUAUUCCUUCACAAUAACUCCGAUUCAUCCAGUCUACCCCGUGGAGUGCUUUGCAUACGAAACUCGUGCUAAAGGAGAAGGGCUUUUCACGAUUAUGGAUGGAGCGGCCAGUGUAUUCAACACAUAUGCCACUCCAGUGGGGUUGGGCGCUGUUGGAUGGAAGUUCUACCUGCUAUAUGUCGCCUGGGAUGCCGUCGUUCCGCUCUGGAUUUACUUCAUGUGCGUCGAGACGCACGGCCGCACCCUCGAAGAGCUGACGGAGAUCUUCCGCGCUCCAAAUCCAGUCAAGGCGUCAUUGGUAGCGAGAGAAGUGGAAGUGAUCGAUAAUGGCGACGUGAUGGAGGUUGUGAUCAAAGAUGACGUUUAG